AGGUUAGGGAAAGUAGGGACUUUAAGAAAGAAGAAAGAAGAAAGAAGACCGGAACACACAAUGGCUUUGACCAUCGACGAGAUCAACGUUUUAAUCAAAAACCAGGAAGAAGACUGUGAAGAAAUUAGAAGGAUUUGGGCAAACAUCAAAAAAGACUCAACAGCCAGGAAGACGCAAAAAUAUGUGGACGAACGAAAAUCCAAUUUGGACAGUAUUUAUCAAAGAGCAUUCGACCGACGGUUGCAGGAGCAAGAGGUGUUGUCCUCGCAUAAAUACCUCACUCUCAACCACAAAAUAUCGACAAGCGAAUGGAAGAAUGUUACGCGACAUGCAUUUAGAGGAUCCCAUACUAAGCCAUCGAAAAUGGGACUCGACGACGAGGCGACGACGACGACGACGACGACGAGAGUUAGACGAGCCAAACAAGAUAGAAAAAUUCAAUAACAUGAUGAAGUUUUUGAAAACGAGAUUUAAAAGCUUAGAGUAAAAUAUACCACAGUGUAAACCGACCUUUACAGUGACACCGAACCAUAACAAAAACUAAGUGACUCGGCAAAUCAUCAGACAAAAUUUACAAUUGCAAAUUUCAUAUUACUAUUUACUCCAAUUCUAAAUACGAAACUAAAUACGGAUUACAAGGUUAUGACAUGCCACAGACAUUUAUAGGAAUAGACUACA